GAUUCGAUUGAAAAUUUCGGAUGGUCUCUCUGUAUCUCUAUCCACACAAAACCCCACCAAAACCCAUAUCUGGAUCUCACCCACACACCCCUGUGCUUGCGCUACUGUGAUGCCCUUCAUAGCCACGCCGACGCCUCUCAGCCUCUCCUCGCUGCCCACGAGCCUCGCUGUCCCAUCCGUCUUCUACGGCCAUUGGAGAGACGCUUCUACUCACCGCCGUCGUCGUCGCCGGCGGCUCCUGGUGGUUUCUUCCGCUGCCGCCGGAGCUAAACCUACGGUUCUCGUGGCGGAGAAGAUCGGGGAAGCGGGUCUCGAGCUCUUGAAGGGAUUUGCGAACGUCGACUGCUCGUAUAACCUGAGCCCAGAAGAGCUGUGCACGAAGAUCUCUCUCUGCGACGCGCUAAUCGUGAGGAGUGGAACGAAGGUUGGUCGAGACGUGUUCGAGUCGUCGAACGGGAGGCUCAAGGUCGUGGGCCGUGCCGGAGUUGGGAUAGACAAUGUGGAUCUCGCGGCAGCGACGGAGUACGGGUGUUUAGUAGUGAAUGCUCCGACGGCGAACACGAUGGCUGCGGCGGAGCACGCGGUCGCCCUCUUGACCGCCAUGGCUAGGAAUGUUGCUCAAGCUGAUGCCUCUGUCAAGGCCGGAAAGUGGCUAAGAAACAAAUAUGUUGGGGUUUCACUUGUUGGGAAGACUCUUUCUGUGUUGGGUUUCGGGAAGGUUGGAUCAGAAGUUGCCAGGCGCGCGAAAGGAUUGGGGAUGUAUGUGAUUGCCCAUGAUCCCUACGCCCCAGCAGAUCGUGCACGGGCCAUUGGAGUAGACCUCGUAAGCUUUGACGAAGCAAUAUCAACAGCAGACUUCAUCUCUUUGCAUAUGCCUCUUACUGCUGCUACAUCAAAGAUGCUGAACGAUGAAACUUUCUUGGAAAUGAAGAAAGGAGUUCGCAUUGUCAAUGUUGCCCGGGGAGGAGUCAUCGAUGAAGAAGCUCUCUUGAGAGCCCUUGACUCGGGUAUUGUUGCUCAGGCAGCUCUUGAUGUUUUCGUGGAGGAGCCCCCGGCUAAAGACAGCAAGUUGGUAUUGCACGAGCUGGUCACUGCUACACCCCAUCUCGGUGCUAGUACUCUGGAAGCUCAGGAAGGAGUAGCCAUUGAAAUUGUUGAAGCUGUUGUUGGAGCUCUGAAAGGGGAACUUGCUGCUACCGCAGUGAAUGCACCAAUGGUUCCACCAGAGGUAUUGAAGGAGCUGAAACCAUAUGUUGAGCUUGCUGAGAAAGUCGGAAGACUGGCUGUUCAAUUGGUAACAGGAGGAAGUGGUGUCAAGACUGUGAGAGUAACCUAUGCUUCUUCUCGAGCACCCGAUGAUCUUGACACAAGACUCCUCCGUGCCAUGAUAACCAAAGGACUCAUCGAACCCAUUUCCAGCGUUUUCGUAAACCUUGUCAAUGCAGAUUACACGGCUAAACAACGAGGAGUCCGAAUCUCGGAAGAACGUGUAAUCCUCGAUGGAUCACUGGAGAAUCCUCUUGAAUACAUAACUGUUCAGAUAGCAAAUGUGGAGUCGAGAUUUGCCAGUGCGUUGUCGGAGUACGGAGAGAUCAAAGUAGAGGGUCGGGUGAAAGAGGGCGUUCCUCGGCUCACAAAGGUCGGGUUGUUCGGAGUGGAUGUGAGUCUUGAAGGUAGUCUUAUACUGUGUAAGCAGGUUGAUCAACCUGGUAUGAUUGGUAAAGUUGGUAGCAUUUUAGGGGAAGAGAAUGUGAAUGUGAACUUCAUGAGCGUCGGGAGGAUUGCUCCGGGAAAGCAGGCGGUGAUGGCCAUCGGAGUAGACGAGCACCCGAGCAAAGAAACUCUCAAGAAAAUCGGAAGCAUUUCCGCCAUUGAAGAGUUUGUUUUCCUCAAACUGUAAAUAUAUUAUGUCCCUGAUAUGUGCAUUUAUCGUAUAUACAUAAUUGAUGAGUCUGUUUCCCACAAAGUAACUUCAAAGAAAUCCUCCAAUGGGUUCUUAUGGGCAAAAAACCCUAAUUCGACCGAA